AAACGCCCUAAUGUAUGGAUGACAACAAAAAUAUCUUCCGAGUUUAUAAAACUUUUGAUAUGUCAUUGCAAGAAAAAGUUGGUACAGAUAUAGUAUUGGAGUUCCUAGAAGUGGUUAUUCAUACUAUUUUAUAUUACAGACAAAUAUAUCCGAAAGAUAUUUUCAACAAGAAGGAAGUUAUUGGAUUGAACGUUUAUAUUUUGCAAGAUACUCAUUUAAAUGGUUAUAUAAAAAAAGUAUUAGCAUCAAUAAAGAAUAUAAUCCAAGAAGAUAUUUUACAUUUACAAUCCAUCAAUCUAUUGCAUUUAAAUAGGAAUAAGGUUCCUACUGAAAAAUUUACCUGUCAAUUACAAAAAUUCAAUAUUAAUAAAUUAGAUUUCAGACAACAACGAUGCAUCGUAGAAACCCAACAGCAAAAUAAAAAGUUAUGUAAUAUUCAGGAAGAUAUUGAGUUACACGAUUUGGAAUUUUACAUAGUAAUAUUCAAGGAUUUGUGAAUUCUGAAUGAAUUGAAUAUUGAAAUGUGGCAGUGAAAGCAAAAAAUUUAUGUAUACAUGAUAAUUAAAAAGCAGCUUAGCAGUAUUAUUGGAAAAAAUAAUUAUUGAAAGUACCUAUAUCGUAUCUAUACCAAAGCUAUACUAUACAUAUACUGUACUUAUACUGCACCUGUACCAUAUAACAUUACCUAUAUAUUCUUGAUAAACUCUUUAUACCACAAUUUUACUCUAGAUACUACAAUUUUAUUCUAUACACUGUGACGGUAAACGUCAAAUUAGCGCUGAUAAUAUAACUUAAUUGUUGCCUGUGAGGGCAGCACCUGCCGGGGGGACGAAAUUCGUAACGAAGGAAUUCAGCACGCGAGCAGACGGAACGCGCGCGAUUGAAAUCGAACUAGUGAAGCUUCGACUAUCGUUGAGUCCGCCCACUUUCGCUAUCUCUAUCGCCGAUCCACGAGCCGUCAACAUCAACACGCUAGAGCAGCAACAGCCAGUUAUCCAAGAACGUAGCCGCCAAGGUGCCAUCGAGACAUCAGUUCGAGGCUAGGACGAGAGUGUGUGUGACGGUGAGGUGUACGAGAGUAUGUGUUGACACCGAUAAAAAGUGAAAGGACAAUAGCAUCCCACAUUAAUAAGUUUAGCAAUAACAUCAAGCUGCAUGCGCCAUGAAAAAAAGCGCUAAAUAGAAAGCUGCUUAGUGCGCUCUUUCAAGGUGGUGUGAGCGCCGAACACAUAA